GCACCGCGCGGAGGCUUCGGCAGUCGUAGCCGGACGCCGGCGGGGCAGGGAGGACUACCGGCGGCGGAAGACGCGAGUGGGGCGGCGGGCAGCGGCCUGAGGAGAAGACAGGAUUUCUCUCUUCCCCUCCCUUUAUCCCUUUCACCCUCCCCACCCGGAAAUAUCUGUGGCCCAGGACUAGAAAGAGCCCGACCCCUUUAUUUCGACCCGUUUUAGGGUCUGUUGCCUUGACUUUUAUUUUUGUGGGGGGUGGGAAAGAGGUUUGGGAAGCCCUUCAGGCCGGUAAUGAGGUGUGGGGGGCACAAUGUAAGAAGGCCGUGAUGAGGGACCCCUAAGGGGGGGCCUGAGCCCCCUGCCCCAAUUCCCCAUUCCCAAUUUACAGGCCUUCUGUAUUUAUCUCUAUCCGCCGCCCCCCCCCACAUUAAAAAGGGUUGGCAUGCUUUCCACCAUCCCCCCUUAAAAGGGUUUUUUUUUAAAUAUAAAAAAACAGCAGAAUCCACCUUUCUCCCUAUCACCACUCAGGGAUAUGCCUCUUCCCCUUUCCCUUUUUUAAUUAAAGAAAUAGGUAUCUUAAUUGCUCACCUCCCCAUUUUUUAAGGGGUCUCUCUGUGUAUUCUAUAUAAUUUAUCCCAGGAUACAAUUCUUCCCAUCCUCAUUUAGAUUGUCACUGACCUUUUAAAAUUCCUUUAUUAUGUAGAACCCCAUUUGGGCACGUUAUUAAAUUGUGGUCCCCUUUCUUUUCAAGGGUCUUUGAUUUUGUUCCUCCCACCACCUUUUAGGCUUUAUUGCUUUCCUCCCCACCCCCUUGUAAAAGCUUAGAUAAGCCCUCCACUCCUCAUAUUUAAACAAACCAUUAAAGGUGCUAACACCCCCUUUUAUUUCUGAAGCCUUAAAACUCACCUGUGCCACCUUUACCCAGCGACCUGUGCUUGCACGUCUCUGGCCUUUAUUAUUACAUUAGUAAUAAUAAUAAUUUAUAUCGGGCCCAAAGGAACCUAAAUGCUCACUCUUCCCUUCCGUGGCCCCUCUUGCCUCUUCUCCCCUUCAGAGGAGGAUUAAUCUCCCCGUCCUCCUUUCCUUCUUCCUUUCCCCCAUGCCAGAAAACGCUCAUCGCCUUUGGGACGCCGGAGCAGCCAGUCAGUAUCCCCCGACCCCCUUCGCCUGGGGACCCCCGGCCUGUGCCUGCCCAAGCAACAUGCCCACAGCUGCCUCCCGUCCUUGGGGGCGGGCAGGAGGAAGGGAGACGGACAGACCCACCCUAGUCAACCUGCUUGGUGCCUCAUCUUCCUCCCCUUCACAGCCUGGGUUGCUGAUGUGAGCUUAAUAUUUUUAAAAAGCCUUUGCUGUGGCGGUCCCUUCUCCCCAGCUGGUCUCCCUUUAUCCUCCCUGCCCGUUGGGCUUCAUGCCCCCUUGAAGGAGGAUGGAGGUGGUGGGAGACUUUGAAUAUAGCAAGAAGGACCUCAUAGGACAUGGAGCGUUCGCUGUGGUCUUUAAAGGUCGCCACCGCAAGCCAGCCUGUUCUGGAGAGUCAGCUGAGAAAACUGACUGGGAAGUGGCCAUCAAAAGCAUCAACAAGAAGAACUUGUCGAAAUCUCAGCUCCUUCUUGGGAAAGAAAUAAAAAUUUUAAAGGAACUUCAGCAUGAGAACAUUGUAGCUCUCUAUGAUGUCCAGGAGAUGCCCAAUUCUGUCUUUCUGGUUAUGGAGUAUUGCAACGGCGGAGACCUGGCAGAUUACUUACAAGCAAAAGGAACGCUCAGCGAAGACACCAUCCGCAUAUUCCUGCAGCAGAUUGCUGCUGCCAUGCGUAUCCUCCACAGCAAAGGGAUAAUUCACAGGGACCUCAAGCCACAGAACAUCCUGUUGUCGUACGCCAACCGCAGGAAAUCAAACAUCAGCGGCAUACGCAUCAAGAUAGCUGACUUUGGGUUUGCUCGUUAUCUCCAGAGCAACAUGAUGGCUGCCACCCUCUGUGGUUCCCCUAUGUAUAUGGCUCCUGAAGUGAUCAUGUCGCAGCACUAUGAUGCGAAGGCCGACCUCUGGAGUAUCGGAACGGUGAUCUAUCAGUGUCUGGUUGGAAAGCCUCCUUUUCAGGCUAACAGUCCUCAAGACCUCAGAAUGUUUUAUGAAAAGAACAGGAAUCUGAUCCCUAGUGUUCCCAGGGAAACAUCAGCUUCCUUGGCUGACCUGCUGUUGGGUUUGCUUCAGAGAAACCAGAAAGAUAGAAUGGACUUUGAAGCCUUCUUCAACCACCCUUUCCUCGACCAGGUUUCAACGGUCAGAAAGUCUUGCCCUGUGCCAGUGCCGACGUACACGGGCUCCGUCUCUGGCAGCUCCUGUGGCAGUUCCCCCUCCUGCCGGUUUGCUUCUCCCCCAUCCCUCCCAGACAUGCAGCAUAUCCAGGAAGACAACCUCUCUUCUCCUCCCUUGGGGCCUCCAAAUUACCUUCAGGUGUCUAAAGACUCCACCAGCACCAGUAGCAAGAACUCCUCUUGCGACACGGACGACUUCGUUCUGGUCCCACACAACAUCUCCGACCAGUCAUACGACAUGCCUCUGGCAGCAGUCGGCCGUCGGGCCUCAAGUGAAUUCCUGAUGUGCGGAGGGCAGUGCCAGCCGUCGGUCUCCCCCCGCAGCGAGACGGCACCCAUCCCGGUUCCCACUCAGCUACGCAAUUACCAGCGCAUCGAGCAGAACCUGACCUCAGCUGCCAGCCCCGUCUCAAACCCCCAUGGGUCGCCCAGGUCCGCUGUGGUGAGGCGGUCAAACACCAGCCCCAUGGGCUUCCUGAAGACCGGCUCCUGUUCCCCAGUGCCAGCCGAUUCCGCGCAGGGCGUUGGGCGCAGGCUGUCCACAGGAUCUUCCCGUCCGUACUCCCCUUCACCGCUCGUUGGCACCAUCCCUGAGCAACUUGGGCACUGCUGUUGUGGGCAGCUGCAAGGGCACGACUCCCGGAGCCGGAACUCCUCAGGCUCCCCGGCACCGCAGUCCCAGUCUCCGCAGUCCCUCCUGAUGGCGGGUGCCCGUCUACAGAGCAGCCCGGCGACCCUGACGGACAUUUACCAGAACAAGCAGAAGCUCCGGAAGCAGCACUCGGACCCUGUCUGCCCAUCCUACGCGGGCUACAGCUACAGCCACUCUCCACAGCCAGCCCGGCCGGUCAGCCUGGGGACGUCACCCACGAAGCACGCAGGAUCGUCGCCCCGGAGCUCAGACUGGCUCUUCAAAACGCCCCUGCCGACAAUCAUUGGCUCUCCCACAAAGACAACCGCUCCUUUCAAGAUCCCAAAAACGCAAGCCUCCUCCAACUUGGUGGGCCUGGUCAGCCGCCAGGGACCAUCGGACACCCCACUACUGCAGCAGGCAAAGGAUGUGGGCGAGGCGAGAACGUUCCCCCACUUCCAUUCGACACAGGGAAGCGACAGGCAGGCAGCGGAACAGCAGCAGCAGCAUCACCGCGGCAAGACUCUGUUUGGCAGGUCUGUGAGCACCGGCAAGCUGUCAGAUCAGCAAGCAAAAGCCGCUCUGGGAGGCCAGCUCUGUCAGGGCAGCACAGACAGCCUUAACACUGAGCGGCCAAUGGAUACAGCUCCACCGGGGGCCUGUGGCAUCGCAGCAGUUCCUCCCUCCAUGGGAGCCGGCGUGAGCUCGAGAGCCGUGAUGUUUACCGUGGGGUCCCCUCCGAACAGCGCCACCCCUCCAACCUGCACCCACAUGGUCCUCAGAGCUCGGACAACAUCUGUCGGCUCCAACAGCUCUGGGGGGUCUCUGUGUUCUACCAGCGGCCGGGUCCUCAUGGGCUCCCCUCCUGGUGUUUACAUGGGCUCCUCUCCCCCCGGAGCAGAGGCGGCUCCAUGCCUGAAGUACAUGCCUUAUGGCACUUCACCUCCCAGCUUAGAGGGGUUUAUCACCUUUGAGGCCCCAGAACUGCCGGAAGAGACUUUGAUGGAGAGGGAGCACACAGACACCCUGCGCCACCUGAACUUGAUGCUGGCCUUCACGGAGUGUGUCCUGGACCUGACCGCUGUCCGAAGCGGGAACCCUGAGCUCUGCUCCUCGGCGGUGUCUGUCUAUCAGAUCCAGGAGAGUGUGGUAGUGGAUCAGAUCAGCCAGCUGAGCAAAGACUGGGGGCAAGUUGAGCAGCUGGUCCUGUACAUGAAAGCUGCCCAGUUGCUGGCGUCCUCCUUGCACCUAGCCAAAGCGCAGAUCAAGUCGGCAAAGCUGAACCUCUCCACCGCAGUGAAGCAAGUGGUAAAAAACCUGAACGAGAGGUACAAGUUCUGCAUCGCCAUGUGCAAGAAGCUGACGGGAAAGCUGAACCGGUUCUUUUCGGACAAGCAGAGGUUCGUCGACGAAAUCAACAGCGUCACGGCCGAGAAGCUCAUCUACAGCUGUGCUGUGGAAAUGGUGCAGGCGGCCGCCCUGGACGAGAUGUUUCAGCAGACAGAAGACAUUGCAUACCGAUACCACAAAGCGGCUCUGUUGCUGGAAGGCCUGGCAAAGAUCAUACAAGACCCGGUUGACAUAGAAAACAUUAACAAAUAUAAAGCGAGUAUUGAACGCAGGCUCUCGGCCCUUUGCUGCAGCGCAGUGGCUGUUUACGAGCAGUAGGCGAGUCGCCCGGGACCACUUGGCAGAUUGUUCCGCUACAGCCAAAUCGCCCCCUUUGCCCCUGUCACAACAGGAGGGCAGGUUUUUACAUUUCUGUGGGUUUUCUACCAAAGAGAAAGGAGAAAUGUGGUUGAUUCGCAGAGGGGAAGAAACCCUGAACUAUCUCGGAGGAGACUUGCCUUAUGACUUAAAUCUUGCGCACCCCACCCCAUCUUUCACUGAGCAGCCAGGUUCAAAAGGCUCGUCUUUCCAUUCCCAGCAGAACCUUGCCACAAAGCCUCGGUUGGGGACGGCGAAUUGGCGUAUUAUUAUGAUUUCUUACGAAAGGAUGGAGCAAAGAAUGGGACUUCCGUCUCUGGGCAAGGUCCAGAAUCGCAGGCUCUUCCUGCUCAGGGAGCUGCAGGGCUGGAAGAGAUUUCUUUUUGGAACAAGACCCUGGGAGGAAGCUGAGAACAGUGUUAACUGCAAACCUGUGUCUUGUGGCGCUUUUGAGGCUGUUGCUGGAUUUGGACCUGAGCGCGUGUCUUGUAAAUAGCACUUCUUCAAGCCCAUCAGGCAUAAGAAGAAACAGCACCUUUUGGAAAAAGACGAGGAGAAAUGAUGGACCUGGGUGAGGGUGGGGUCUUCUUUUUUUUAUUAUACUUUUGAGGGAGAUCCAUUUGGAAUCCCUGAAACCAGUUUGAGCAGUUAUCGUGGAUAUAAAAGCUUGAUAGUUUUUGUCUUCUUCCUGAAUAUCCUGGCCCAAAAUACUUUAUAUUGCACUAAUUUACUAAAAAAGAAAAGAAAAACUAUACUCUUCGGGGGGGGGGCUUUUUUUUUUUAAAGCAGAAAAGGCACAACAAACUUGCUGGAGCAGGUUAGAGAAAACCAUUCGAUUUCACUGUAUGCUUUUCGAGGGGGAAAAAACCACCGCCCAUCCAGAAAUCAUCCAGAAAAGAAAAGAAAAAACGCUUUCCGAAAUGUCAAAUGUAGCGUCUUAGGAGACUUUCAGGCAAAGCUGUACAUAACCUGUCUUCAGGAGGACUUUUUCCUUUUUUUAUAUACCCGUUUGUCUAAUACUUGAGUAACUCGGCCACAACUCCGGAGCAUUUCGGUGGCGUUGCGAAGCCCCCGCUGGCUUGCUGUUCUUCCCCACUUCCCCCUCCCAUUUAUACAAGUUUGGUUGCUUAGUUCUGUUGUAGCAUGUGGAACUUGUGUGUUACUGCCUGUAUUUAUCAGUAGGUAUCCCCUUAAUUCUGUCCCGCCGCCCCCCCCUUUCAUAUCAGAAGAGGCGUGCUGCAGUUUCAGUCUGUUCCUUUAAAACUGCAUAAAAGGUUCUCGGACACUCGCAGUGUUAGGACUCUGCGUGUUGUUGUGGCAUGGACUUUCCUCCCCUUAACAGUAGCAGAAGAGCAUUAAAAAAUCAGGGUGACUUUUGAGGACACUCUGACACUUCCUACGGCUGCUUCACCCCCAUUUUCAGACAUGCCUCCGGGUGGCUUUUGUGAAUUCAUUAUCUAGGCAACUUAGUUUCUCUGGAAAUGACCUCUCUUCAUUUUGAGAGUUGGCUUGUUGUUGUUUUUUUAAAAAAAAAUAAGAAAAUGAUCAUCACUUGGACACUUGAACACACCCCACUCUUCAGAACAAAAUCAUUUGGAACCUUAUUUUUGUACUAGCCAGGCCUUCUCGGCAGGGAGGUCGUUGACAUUCAGACACCAUCUGUUUCCGUGAACUGAUGACCGCGUGUAUGUGUGUGUAUGGGUGGGUUUCCUUCCCCCCCUAUGCCUGUUUUUAUUUUCUUUGCUUUGACAACGUAAUGUACUGUUUACCUUAUUUAUCUGUAUGAGAAAUUCCAGCAGUUAAUUUGAAAGUUGUUUUUUUUUUCUUUUUAAUUUAUACAACAUUUGUAUUUUUAGGUCUUUAAUACCGUGUUUCUACUACCUCUUCUUUGUAACUGCAUGCAUUUAUUCUUGACUCCCCGUAGCGUAAUAACUGAAAAACAAAAACAAAAUCCUGUUGCAUAAUUUUUAUUAUGGCCUGUAUAAAUGUAUAUUAAGGUUAAAAGCAAAACAAAAAAAUAAACUGAUACUCAGAAGUG